CGCUCCUCCCCGCCCCCAUGACACAAUAGCAGGUCCCUCCAAGAUGGCGGCAGCGACGGCAGACCCGGGAGCUGGGAACCCGCAGGCUGGGGACUCCUCCGGCGGGGGCGCUGGGUGCGGGCUACCGUCCCCUGGGGAGCAGGAGCUGAGCCGGCGCUUGCAGCGCCUGUACCCCGCGGUCAACCAGCAAGAGACGCCGCUGCCGCGCUCCUGGAGCCCCAAGGACAAAUACAACUACAUUGGUCUCUCCCAGGGCAACCUCCGCGUCCACUACAAAGGUCAUGGCAAAAAUCACAAAGAUGCGGCCUCAGUGCGUGCCACCCACCCCAUACCUGCUGCCUGUGGCAUUUAUUACUUUGAAGUGAAGAUUGUCAGCAAAGGAAGAGAUGGGUACAUGGGAAUAGGACUCUCGGCUCAAGGCGUCAAUAUGAACAGGCUUCCUGGUUGGGACAAACAUUCCUAUGGUUACCAUGGCGAUGAUGGGCAUUCCUUCUGCUCCUCGGGGACUGGCCAGCCAUAUGGUCCCACAUUCACCACAGGAGAUGUGAUCGGCUGCUGCGUCAACCUCAUCAAUGGCACUUGCUUCUACACCAAGAAUGGCCAUAGUCUUGGUAUAGCCUUCACAGACCUCCCGGCCAACCUCUACCCCACCGUAGGCCUGCAGACACCUGGGGAGAUUGUGGACGCCAACUUUGGGCAGCAGCCCUUCCUGUUUGACAUUGAGGACUACAUUCGGGAGUGGCGUGCCAAGGUCCAGGGCACGGUCCACUGCUUCCCCAUCAGUGCCCGGCUUGGCGAGUGGCAGGCAGUGCUGCAGAACAUGGUCUCAUCUUACCUUGUGCAUCAUGGGUAUUGUGCCACAGCCACGGCUUUUGCUCGAAUGACUGAAACCCCGAUUCAGGAAGAACAGGCAUCCAUAAAGAACAGACAAAAAAUCCAGAAGCUGGUGCUGGAGGGUCGUGUGGGUGAGGCCAUCGAGACCACCCAGCGCUUCUACCCAGGGCUGCUGGAGCACAACCCCAACCUCCUCUUCAUGCUCAAGUGCCGGCAGUUUGUGGAGAUGGUGAAUGGGACGGACAGUGAGGUCCGCAGCUUGAGCUCCCGAAGCCCCAAGUCCCAGGACAGCUACCCUGGCUCCCCCAGCCUCAGCCCCCGACAUGGCCCCAGUAGUUCCCACAUGCACAACACAGGAGCAGACAGUCCCAGCUGUAGCAAUGGCGUCGCAUCCACCAAGAGCAAACAGAACCACAGUAAAUAUCCUGCACCCAGCUCCUCAUCCUCGUCCUCCUCCUCCUCGUCCUCCUCUUCCCCAUCCUCCGUCAAUUACUCCGAGUCCAACUCAACAGACUCCACCAAGUCCCAGCCCCACAGCAGUACCAGUAACCAGGAGACCAGCGGCUCAUGGCUAGAGCUUGAAAGGAGGCCCAACCAGGCUGCUCCAACCAUACCCGCUGGGCCAACUCCCACCUCAACCCUUCCCCACAGUGACAGUGAGAUGGAGAUGGAGGCAGAGCACUACCCCAAUGGUGUGCUAGGAAGCAUGUCCACGCGCAUUGUUAAUGGUGCCUACAAGCAUGAGGACCUGCAGACGGAUGAGUCCAGCAUGGAUGACGGGCAUCCUCGGCGGCAGCUCUGCGGGGGCAACCAGGCUGCCACAGAAAGGAUCAUUCUGUUUGGCCGCGAGUUGCAGGCAUUGAGUGAGCAGUUGGGCCGGGAGUAUGGCAAGAAUUUGGCCCACACAGAAAUGCUGCAGGAUGCCUUUAGCCUGCUGGCGUACUCAGACCCCUGGAGCUGCCCAGUUGGCCAGCAGCUUGACCCCAUCCAGAGGGAACCUGUGUGUGCUGCCCUCAACAGCGCCAUUUUAGAGUCCCAAAACCUGCCAAAGCAGCCGCCUCUGAUGCUCGCCCUUGGCCAGGCAUCUGAGUGUCUCCGGCUCAUGGCCCGAGCAGGCCUGGGAUCUUGCUCCUUUGCCAGAGUCGAUGACUACUUGCACUAGCCGACCGUGCUGGCUGGCUCUGGCUGGCCCUCUGCUGGCCCCAGGGCUGGAGCUGCCCUGCCCUCCAUAGGCACCUGGUGCAGGGACUCGGAAGCCAUGGGUAGAGUCCACUCCUCCUGUCUGGCCUUUCCCCUCUUCCUUUCCUUUCUUCCUUCCUUUCCU